GCCUCGUGAUGUCCGGCAAGGCUGCAAAACGACGCUAAGAUAAGCUAAGAUAAGCAAAAGUCCGUGGCUCUACAACACCGUCGGUGUACAACACUGCACAGUACAAAUGUUGGGACUUCAGCACUCGCGUCCGGUAUCACAUGCCGCCUCACUACUGACAUUCUUCUGCUUGCAACCCUGCUUAACUCCCAGUCAGCUGCUUUGUCAGUCUCAUCAUCUCACCGCGGCGCGUUUCGGUCACAUAGUACGCCCAGCCAGCCAAGAUGGCGGACGCGGACGAAGAUGCGAUCCCCCGAACAAUGCCUUCCGGAGCCGAAGACCUCGAAGACGAAACCCAGGAUUUCCGCUUCCUGGCCCAAUUGACGUCUGCUUCGUCCUCGACGUCUGGACAGGCCAUUAUCCCCAAACGAGGGACCAAGGAUUUUGAACCCAAUCCGACUCGAUCGCAAGCGUCGGCUCUCGAUGCCGCUCGUCUGGCCAUGCACACUGCCCUCAGUGCGGUGCGGGUACAUUCGGGCAGAAGUCACCUUGUGGGCCAGUACCUGGCCGAUCCAAAAGACUGGAGAUGGGAAGAAACCGUUAGUGGUGGUCGACAUGGCAGAUGUGUCGUGGUGCCGAAAUUCAAGAGCACACAUUUGAAGGUCAUGGGACAGGCGGAUAGGAAUAACUGGGUCUGGUUGCUGCCUGAAGAGGCUUUGUUUCUGUUGGAAAGAGGUAGUUUGGAUAUCAGAUGGCCGGAUAUUCCUGAGGAUGAAGAAGCAGAGGGGACGGAUAAGGAGGAAACAAGUGGGACUACUGCUGCACAAGAUCAGCCGCAAGCAAGUCAGGACGAGGCAGAGGGAGAGGCAGACAACAGGAAGUCAGAUGUGGUUACUGCCCCUGAAGACCAAGCCAUCGAGCACGGCGAUCAGAGAGAAACAGAGACAAACACAGACGAAUCAACAUCUCAACAACAGCCUGCACAGGUCAAUAGCCGCAAAAUCUCCGACGGCGCCUCCGAACCGCGAAUUGGCCAGCUCCCAAUGAGUCUGCAAGGCGCAUAUGCCAGCUUCAUCGGCAAAGACGGCCUGACGCUGGAGCGAUACAGUGUCUACGCAGGGCUGAAGCGGGCAGGAUACAUUGUGCAACGAGCCCCGACGUGGCAUGAUACAGAUGUCGACGAGGUCAACGGCAACGGUUCCAUCGACGGUCCCCAGCAUACUCAACCGCAUUCGAAUGGACAAUCACCGACGACGUCCCAGCCACUAUCAUUCCUCGCCAGCCCAGCAAGUCUCAUCCACCGACUGGUAUCAUGGCUGUUCCGACCUCGACAAGGAGCUUCCUGCCCUUCACUAGGCCCACUAGUCGCCCCUGGCCUGUACCGAAACUACGCAGACAUCUUUCGCGCCCUCGCCUUGAUUCCUUACCAUGACUCCUCCAGUGUUAACAACAGAUAUACGACAUCCAAUCCGUCUCAACCUCAACCUCAACCACGACCUCGACCUCCUUUCCGCGUCCACUUCCACGUCUGGAAACCCAACGUAUCCCAUUCCUACCGCAAAACCGCGCCUCCUCCACCAGACUACCGCAUCGCCGUCAUCGACGCACGCACCACUUCCCUCCCUACACUCACACAGAUCGGGGAUCUUCUCGACUCGCAGCCCGAGGAUGUUUUGUCCAAAGAGAAAGAUGGAGCAGGCGCAAGAUUGGAGGCGCGCAUCAAACAUGGCCGUAGGAAUGUCUUGCUUGCUGUCGUCGACAUGGGCGUCACUAGUUACUUGCGACUGAGUGAUGCUUGUUUCGGCGCGGAGAAAUUGUUUGAGGAAAAAACCAGUGGGGCUGGGUCGAAGGGGAAAGGAAAAGGAAAUGGGAGAGGGAGAGGCGGCGGUGGUGCCGGUAGAGGAGGAAAAAGAUUACCGGGACAGACGAGGGGAGGAGGCUGAGUGGCCCUGCAUCCAAUGUCGUAACCGUGUAAUCACUUCAAGCAGGCUCUGUCAGGGAGAUAGAGAUAUCAAUCUGGGCGUUCGUCUCUAUGUUGUUACUUUUUGAUUUUAUAGAUGUGAUACCCCGGAUAGUUGUUAGGUAUACAUGUAGUCCAUCAUUUGCUUCUAUAUCAUUGAAUAAAAGUCAAUUCCUA